AUGGCAUCCUGCACCGUAACUCCCCUUUUGGCUGGCUCUUGCAAUGGGCCAUUCAUCUUGACAGAUUCUCCGAGAAGUUCCAUGCUAUUGGAUGUCCUGUCGUCUCCUGAAAAGUUGAAUCUUCCGCUGCCACUAACAGACGAACCACAACGGCGUCGUUCCCUUGAUUACGCCUCGAACGUCGCUCCAGAGACUCUGAUCAAACUGGAUUGGAUGCUCUCCCACUUGACUCAAAAGGAGUUGGAAACAGCCGCCAAUGCUUCCUACGAGUAUCUUCAGGAUCCAGAUGCAUACGAGGCCACCUUGUACGCCCGCCAAAUCGCGCUGCGAUACCUACGAUCCAAAAAGGGGAAUGCUGAGCUAGCACUGAGAAAGCUCCAGACGACUCUGGCAUUUCGAGAGCAAGUCGACAUGGACGGAUUGCGACAGGCCUUUGAUGAAAGUCCAUGGUCCAGUUCCAACCCAUACAGGGCACCACUCGAACAGUACCUGUCAAGUGGAAAGAACUAUGUCAGAUGUUACGAUAGGGAAGGGCGCUCGACACAUAUCUUUGUCCCUCGCAAAACGGUCCAUCAUCACGACGAAUGGACCCUCAAGGAGACGUACUACACAAUGGAACGGGCCAUUGCUUGCAGCCAAGCAAAGGACAGCUCGGUCAAUGCCAUCUUGGACUUUGCUGGGUUUAACCCUGUUCGCAAUGCUCCUCCCAUGUCUCUGGGCAAGACGUUUGUUCUGACUAUGCGACAACACUUUGCGGGGCACAUACACAAGAUCUUCAUUGUGGAUGCUCCAUCUUCCUUUGCGUUCUUGUGGAAGAUCUUUCAACCCUUCUUGGGAAAAGCUACACAGGAUAAGAUCGUCUUUGUCAGUGGAACCAAACAAAAGGAAAAGAUUCUUGGUGCGUACUACGAACCUCAUCAAGCCACAACCUGGAUGCUUCCAGACACCGGUCUCCAGACGAAGGAAUUCGAUGUACAAGAAUAUCUGUACAAAACACCCUUCAACCAGGCGUUUGACGAGCGGUAG